AUGGCCGCCAUCAUGUCUUCUAUCAAAGUGGUUACUAUCAUGAGAUUCCUUGGGAUGGUCGCUUCCUAUCCUACUAUGCCCAGUCCUCGGGCCGUAGGGGCUGAAGGAUGCAGUAGCUCUACUGGUGGUCGUCGUACUCUUUGGCCGCUCACCAAUUGGGGCGGCAUCGGUUCGCAGCCUGAUCCAGCUCUGUACGAAUCAGAAGAACUCUACUGGGGUGACGGAACGGCGUUUGCCAACAUGACUUGUGCUCCCAAGGAUGAUAAUAAGAUGCUCAACUUGGCUCGUCUUGGCGAUUAUGUUGAUUCUCUCGACUGUUCUGACUCUGCCCUUCACGUGGGCUUCAAGAACGCUGAUGCCCUGAACAAAGCAAGAAGUUCUUGGCUAUGGGUGACCCAGGACCCCAACAAUGCCGCUGUUGUUGUUGUGGAUGGCAAUGAAUGCGGUGGACCCAACCGCAGGCAGACCUACCUGAUCCAGGAUAUCUCCUAUAACGAAAAGUCUCAGCGUGCAUUCCUCUCCGGAAAGCCGACACAGUGGAGUGAGGUCAUGGAGAAAGCCGAAGUGCAAGUUAGUACUUCGUACCCAGCUAGCGCUGGCAUUGGGAAACGACAGGAAACCAGCGGCUCUGUGGACCUUUCGCAGACUUUCAACGUGAACAUUGCCGAAAUCUCCAUCAACGAUACUGCUAGGCUUCUCCUAGAUUGUAUUGACUGCCGUACGACUGGCCGGGUUGAUUUCACAGCCAACCUCGAUGUUGGCUUCAUUCCCCCGAGUCUCGAUGUCUCAGCAACACUUACUACGAGGGACGGGGUUGGCAUCAACCUUGGCCUGGGCCUAAAGCUUGAAGCAGACCUCACAGAUUCGCUCGACUUCAACAGAGAACUUCUCAGCAUUCCCCUUGCUGGGUUUGACGUUCCCGGAAUCGCAACCCUGGCACCCCUGAUUAGUGUGAAUGCCGGUGGAAGCAUCGGGCCUGUUACGGCCUCCAUCGAAGUCCAGUUUGGAGGUGCAGUCACCGCAGCCGAUGAUAGGGCUCUUCGUAUCGGAACUGGAGAAGGUUCCGAUAAUCUCGAUUUUCAGUUCACUCCUAGUGACCCGUCUGUCAGCGGUUCAGUCGAGCUCACCGCCAGCAUCGGGCCAGUUUUUAUCGCGGCUGUCGAGGCCAGUCUGUUUGGUAGUGACUCCCUUGCGGGAUCUUUCGGUAUUGACCUGAAAGCACCCACUCUCGAAGCUAGAGCCGCAGUGGAAGCUACCUCCGACCUUGGAGUCUGUGGUGAUCCUAAUGCCGCCGCUGGUGUAACGCUCUCUGCCAGCGCUGGUGUCUCGUUCGGCAUCUUUGGAGGCCAGGGCAGGUCUAAUGACCUCCCCAACGAAAUCACCAUCGCAGAGGUUAAUGAGGAGCUAUUUAGCCAGUGUUUCCCGUUUGCUCAAGUCGAUGGCGGUGACGGCGGUGACGGUGCAGACCGCGAUAUAAGCUUGGACUCAAGGCUUAACACUCCCAACUUUGAUGGCGACGACGGCAACCGACCCUCUGUCGGGACAGUCAACUACCAAAACGUUGACAGCAAUAAUGGUGUCGCCUUCUGGUUCAACGCUAAUGAUGUCGUGCUGCUGAGCCCCCUCAAUGAAGGUGACACAAUCGCCUCGGUCAUAUUAAACGCCGAUGUCAAUGCCGCGGCCAGAUGCACACUCUUUGAUAGUUUUGACCAGGCUCAGGGCGCCGACGGCUGUGGCAACCUUGCAAAUCCUAUUACCCCAGACCUGACACCGGGCUCUGAAGUUGUUGUGGUUGAUGGGAAGACUCAUAUCUGCGCUCGGUGCGAGGGACUGUAA